UCAUAAGCAGGCGAGCAGUAGACAAUAUGUUGUCGCAGCAGUUGAACGCGAAGAGACAGGCCUCGUGGCAGGUCUGUCAGAUACUCCGCAGAAAUGUGGCCAGCAAGACCGCUCCGGCUGUGGCAACGACAAGUUUGGAGCAGGCCAAGCCCUAUGCGGAGGUGCCGGGGCCGACUAAAUUCCAGAUGAUACGAGCUUUCAUGCCGGGCGGCCGCUACCAAAAUGUGCCCACCCACGAAAUGUUUCUGGAUCUGAGUCGCCAGUUUGGUGGCCUCUUCCGUUUGCCCAGCAUUGCGGGCACUGACAUGGUCCUCACCAUGAAUCCCCAGGACUAUGCGACGGUGUUCCGCAACGAGGGCCAGUGGCCGCACAGACGCAGCUUCGCCACUGUGGAGUACUUCAGGAGGGUGCGCAGACCCGAGGUGUUUGGCGAAUACGAUGGCCUGGUCUCUGGGAAUGGUCCCGCCUGGGGCAAGCUGCGAACGGCAGUGAACCCGAUUCUGCUGCAGCCCCGCAAUGCCAAGCUGUACCUGAAGAACCUGGUGCAGGUCAGCGAUGAGUUUCUGGAGCGCAUUCGCCUUAUCCGUGAUCCGGUCAGCCAGGAAAUGCCCGAUGACUUUACCGAGGACAUUCGCAACUUGGUGAUCGAAUCCAUUGGGUCGGUGGCUCUCAAUACCCAUCUGGGUCUGCUGGGUGAGAAUCGAGACAGCGACGAGGCCAAGCAGCUCAAAGCGGCCCUGCAGGACGUCGUGGAGCUGGGCUUUCAGCUGGACAUGCUGCCGGCCAUCUGGAAGUAUCUGCCGGUGCCCAAGUUCAGGCGGCUGAUGCGCUCCCUGGACACCAUCACCGACUUUUGCUGCACCCACAUUGAGCAGGCGCUGAAGCGGAUCGAGGAAGACGUCAGAGCGGGUAAAAUAUCCACCGAGCUGGGCAUGGAGGCGAGCCUGCUGGAGAAAUUGGCGCGCUACGAUCGCCAGACUGCCGUCAUCAUUGCCAUGGACUUUCUCUUUGCUGGAGCAGAUCCGACCCUCGUAAGCCUGGGUGGCAUUCUGCUCAGCCUGGCCAAGAACCCGGAGAAGCAGGCUCGCCUGCUCGAGGAGCUCAGGCCGGUACUGCCAGCCAAGGACUCGCCCCUGACCAUCGAGAACAUGAGCAGUCUGCCCUAUCUGCGCGCCUGCAUCAAGGAGGGCAUUCGUCUGUAUCCCAUUGGACCGGGCACCGUGCGCCGCAUGCCCCACGACGUGGUCCUCAGUGGCUAUCGCAUCGUUGCCGGCACCGAUGUGGCCAUUGCGGCCAACUACCAGAUGGCAAACAUGGAGCAGUACGUGCCCAGGGUGCGGGAGUUCCUGCCCGAGCGCUGGCUGCGCGACGAGUCCAACUCGAACCUCGUGGGAGAAACGGCCACGCCCUUCAUGUAUCUGCCCUUUGGGUUCGGGCCGCGGGCCUGCGCCGGCAAGCGGAUCGUGGACAUGAUGCUGGAGAUAGCCGUCGCUCGGCUGGUGAGGAACUUCCAGAUUGGCUUCGACUAUCCCAUCGAGAAUGCCUUCAAGGCGCAGUUCUUUGUCCAGCCCAAUAUUCCCUUCAAGUUUAAGUUUGUGGAGCGCACAGAGGAAUGAGGAUCCGGAUACGGAUCCGGAUCCGGAUAGGAAUGAAAUGACCAAAUAAAUACACUUCACAGCCA